AUGAUGAUGAUGUCUCUGAACAGCAAGCAGCCCUUCAGCAUGCCCCACGGCAGCGGCAGCCUGCACGAGCCCAAGUACUCGGCGCUGCACACCGCCUCCCCCUGCACCUCCGCCGCCGCCGCCCCCUCGGCCAGCUCCCCCAGCAGCACCAGCAGCGGGGCCGGCAGGAGCAGCACCAGCACCAGCAGCAGCUCGGAGGCGAUGAGGCGAGCCUGCCUCCCAACCCCCCCGAGCAAUAUAUUCGGCGGUCUGGAUGAGAGUUUGCUGGCCCGCGCUGAAGCCCUGGCGGCGGUGGAUAUAGUUUCUCAGACCAAGAGCCACCAUCAUCACCCGCCUCAUCACAGCCCCUUCAAGCCGGACGCUACUUACCACACCAUGAACACCAUCCCUUGCACCUCUGCUGCCUCCUCCUCGUCGGUGCCCAUUUCCCACCCGUCGGCCCUGUCCGGCACUCACCACCACCACCACCACCAUCACCACCACCACCACCAGCCUCACCAGGCUUUGGAAGGGGAGCUUUUAGACCACAUCACUCCAGGGCUGGCGCUGGGGGCCAUGACCGGACCCGACGGCUCGGUGGUCUCCACGCCAGCCCAUGCUCCUCACAUGGCCAGUAUGAACCCUAUGCACCAGGCGGCUCUAAGCAUGGCCCAUGCCCACGGGCUGCCUUCUCACAUGGGAUGCAUGAGCGAUGUGGACGCAGACCCCCGGGAUUUAGAAGCUUUUGCGGAGAGGUUCAAGCAGAGGAGGAUCAAGCUCGGAGUGACCCAGGCAGAUGUGGGAUCUGCCCUGGCCAACUUGAAGAUCCCAGGGGUAGGCUCACUGAGCCAAAGCACCAUCUGCAGGUUUGAGUCCCUUACCUUGUCCCACAAUAACAUGAUCGCCCUCAAACCCAUCUUGCAAGCCUGGCUAGAAGAAGCAGAGAAAUCUCACCGGGAGAAGCUCACCAAACCAGAGCUCUUCAACGGAGCAGAGAAGAAGAGAAAGCGCACCUCUAUCGCUGCACCUGAGAAGAGGUCCUUGGAAGCCUAUUUUGCCAUCCAGCCACGUCCUUCCUCGGAAAAAAUAGCCGCCAUCGCAGAGAAACUGGACCUCAAGAAGAACGUGGUCCGGGUCUGGUUCUGUAAUCAGAGACAGAAACAGAAACGAAUGAAAUAUUCUGCUGGGAUUUAAAGUCUGUGGGAGCUUUUUUUAAAAAAUAAAAAAUAAAAACUCGGCAACAAGAUACACUUUAAUAUUUCUCUAUAGUGAGAUAGAGAGACAAACAGAGACAGACAGAAAGACGGACAGAGAAAGACAAACACACAGAGACUGUCAAACAAGAAGUAAAUUGUCAAGUUUAGGAAAGUUCCCCUUGGAGAAAACCGCUGCUUGUUCAGAAUGAUAGUAUAAAACAGAGACUAACUUUUUGAAGGCAGAUAAGAAAUUCUUUUU